AUGCCGAAGGUAAUAUUCCAGAAGUACAAGAAGAUGGUAAGCAACAUCGACCCAAGUCGGCAUACUGCCAAGUUCAAGGAAAUCGAUGAGGCACGCCGCUCGCAAGUCUCGGAGUCGGAUUUUACAGAAGAAAUGGGCGCGGAGUACGAGGAGGAAAUGGAGGAGAUGAAAUCGAGUGAAAUUAGUUUGUCUGAAGGAGAACCUGCCCUUAAUAUCGGCAAGAUCGAUCUAUCAUUUCCCGAGACAGUCGAGGAGUUCGAAAACAGUCCACAGUGCUAUCCUCCCUCAUAUUAUACGCUUUCACCCAAGGAACGUUUACUCCUUCUUUAUGCUGAGAACUUCCGGAAGCAAUUGGUUCUCUCUUACCCGAAGAGGCGAGCGAUGGUCUUGGCAUUGCCCAACGAAUGCAAAGUACAGAAAUUCGUUUGCACCACCAUCAGGCCAACAGCGUUUAUUUACACGCAACUCAUAUCCAGCGUUGAGGAAAUUGCCAAGUUUGUCGCCGACUUUGUUCAAUAUGAACCACUAGAGGACCCAAUAAAUUUGCCAAAUCGCCUGAUUUCUCCAGAUACUUUGUUGCGAAGGCGCAAGGGAAAUUCCUACGAGAUGGCCACUUUGCUGGUCAGCAUGCUGAUUGGAGCUGGCCACCCGGCACUAGUAGUAUCCGGAGUGGCUCGCGAGGAAACUAUACUCAACGACCAGCUAGCCAUUCCCUACCCCUAUCCGAUCGUCGAGGUGGAGGCGGAGGAGAUAAAGCCAAAGGUUGAGAAGCCGGGUCAAAAGUAUAAGCUGCGCGGAUUACCCGAUUUGAAUAGUCAUCUCGAGGAGGAUAUGGCCGAAGUUCACAGGUUGAAAGCGGAGGAGGAAAAACGGAUUCAGGACGAAAUAAUCCGGAAGCAAAUGGAGGACCUUGAGCUGCUGGCCGUGGAUCGACAUCAUUAUAGACGCAGUCAUGCCUGGGUGGUGAUCAUCAACAAUGCUCCUUGGAGUGUCAAGCCCAAGACUACCUACACUGAUGUCAACGGGGAUGUGGUAGAGGCUCCUCCUACGGCCAUGUUUAUAGAGCCCUCAACGGGAUUCAUAUGCGAAACUGGUUGCAAGCAAUACAUCCUUAUAGAUAGCAUCUGGAAUGAGUACAACUACUAUGUCUGCAAGCAGAAACAUCAGAGGGUAUCUGAGCUGCGUUGGGAUCUGCGGGACACAAAGGACUGGGAGCACAUGCUGCCAGGUGAGCCGCCUGAGAUGCGCACCUAUAAAAUGGCAUCCGAUGAAAAUAUCGCCGAGGAAGAUCGGGAUAUUAGCGAGGAGAAGCACUUGGAUUGCAUUGGUUCUUGGGUGGAACGGCUGCACAUUGGUCUGGCUGACUUCGAGCAACGUUUUCCCAGCUCUGAGAAGAAAAUCCAAUACAAAGGAGCUAUCCACGAAAGAUUUUCUCCAUAUUCGCAGCGCGAUGGCAAAGUUAUGCAGUUAACCAUUUUCAAUAAUAGCGAGUGCACCAUUCCCAAAGUUCGAUACGAGUUCUAUGAGAAUCGAGCGGAUCUAAUGCGGCAUGUGAAGUACACAUAUGCCACCGAUCAAUAUGAGGAGAUAUUCAACAAAGGGCGGAAUGACAGCUUGAAAUCCAUCGAAUUUUUCUCUGACACCUCACAGCAGCGAAAAGUGUACUUUUUCUCGGCUUCAAGAAUAGAUUCCUUGGAUUUGAUGGUCGUGGAACCAGGUUCUCUUAUACUCCACUAUAAAGGACGCAGUGAUAGGUGUUGGUACAAGGAAUUUGAAUUUACUCCAAGUGGAAACGUACUUAAAAAAGUCACUGAGAAGUUUCUGAAAGCCAGUGCUAAUGAUGUGUGCAAAAAUGAUAUUGCCACCCGCAUGUUUCUCUUUCAACAAAACAAAAUUGUUUUGAAGUUCCAUUAUACUUUUGGGGCACUCACAGCUACAACCGUGGAGUUUACAAAGCCACCAAGACCGGAUUAUGGCAAGGAACUUAUAUAUGAUGAGAAACUAACUAAAAUAUACAAGGCCAAUCCUUUAGAUCCAACUCGCACUAAUCUCGAACUAUAUAGGUUGCUAUGUGAGCAACUGCAGUAUGAAGACCAACUUAGGAAAAAUUUCGAAAAAAUCUUUGAGGAUAUCAACAAUAUCUUCGACUUGCGUAGGUCUGAAAAGGCUGAGCCUAAGCUUAAGUUUAGUAUUUUUGAUCCGCUAAGGAAUGGGGCAGCCAGAGCUAUAAGAAUGAGACAGUUUGAGGAGGAGGAAGAACUAAAGAAGGAAAUAGCCAGCAAGCCUGCUGAUUUCCUGGCUCCCUAUCUGGUACCCUAUAAGGAUCAGGAAGAACUAACUCCCGAACAGUCUCUGAAUGCCUAUAAUGCCUGUCUUAACGAUCUGAAAUCGCGGUUUGUGAGCUUGCUUAAUAAUCUGCAGCGUCACUAUGAAGAUCUAACCUCUGAGUCAAAGUCUUUGAAUCGUUUUCUCAACAAAUUCGAAAAUCAGUUUGAUAACUAUGAUUACAAGCGACUGGUGCAGCAAUCGAAGGAUCUGGAACUCAAUAAGCGGAUGGUGCAACAGCGUUUGACACUGACCCAUGAGGAGUCACAAAAGAAGUACGAAGUAGUCAAAAAUUCCUUGCUCAAGGACUCUCGUCUCAAUUUUAAGAGGAGGAUCUGGGAAUAAGGCCAUCGGAGACAUCUAAAUAGAAAUAAGUUGAAAAAAAGAAAAGAACAAUAAAAUCUAAUUAAGUAAGCAAUAAA